CCUUCUGUUCGAAAGUCUGCCGACCCUGGCAGAAAGAAAAACAGAAAAAGAAUACAACAGUUCCGUAAAAAGUAGUGAUUUUGUUUCUCAUAUGUAGCACUUAAUUACACUUCCGUUCACUUCACUGGUCUUAACACAUCGUUUGCGGUCUUCUGAAGUUUGAGGUGACUUUCCAGCGUGUGGCAGUUAACGGUUUCGGUUGACCGUUGAAAUAAGUCGUUAGAUUGGAUAUUCGUUUCGGUGGCCUCCAGAACGUUUUGUGCAAAAUAUCGAAAUUUUUUUGAACAUUUUAUUGUGAAGUGUUGACAUUUGAAGUUGUGGGUUCUAGAAAUAUGUGAUUAUGCCUUUUGGAUUAUUUUUGAACCAAUACUUUCGUAGUCUGCUAUUUUGGUUUGAUGGCUAGCUGCAAUGAAAGAGCUUUCCAUCUCCCAAGCCCAUCUUUUGUUUUUUGGUUUUAUAUUUGGCACCUUGUUUCUCCUAGAUAAUUAUGAAAUCUUACUUGACAGAGGCAGAAGCAACUGCCACUACUUCUCAAUCCACUUCAUCCACAUCUAGACAACCAUUUAAACUUCUACAAAACCUCCAGCAGUGUCACAUCUCAAUAUUUUCCAAAAUGGCGUCUUCUUCAGCUUUAAAAUCUGUAACAAAUCGGCAAAGGAGGACAGAUUCUUCUGCCCUCCAAAGAAAUUCCAAAUUAUUUGAGAGCAGUAAUUCCACCACUCCCAAGAAUAAAGUUUCUAAUGUCACUCCGCGCCAAAAAAAUAUACUUAAUACUCGAACUGUUACAAAACCUGCUAAUAGUGAUUUAAAAAAGCAAGAAACUCCAUCAGCAACAAAGACUGAGACUUCCAGUUCGACUACGACUAAUUCUGUUGGAAGUUUGACGUCAUCUCCCAAAUGGUCCCACAUAAAGAACAAAUUUGAAAAUGGAUCUUCUGUGGAGAAAACUAAGCUAAGUAAAACAAUUUCGUUGAAUUCUGAAGGAAAUGAUAGCAGUAAAAUACAGAACUGUGAGUCCAAAAGCAUGAAUUCAUUAUUAGUUCCUGAUUCUAAAGUGAGUGUGGGUAAAAAUGGGAUUACCGUUAAGAAAAACGAUAAGGAUGUGUUACCCAAAUCUGAAAGUCGUGCAACCGUUUCAAAACUCAAAACAAUUGACGAUAAAAGUAAACUAGAAAUUGGCAAAGGAGCUAAAGGUAUUACUCAAAGAGAUCGAUCCAGUUCGCCAAAAAAUUCUUAUGCUAGCAUUCCAAAAUCUAAUGCAACAAAUUGCAAAUCGUCAAAAAACUCUUCGUUAAACAUCCCUGUAACAAAAUCAUCCAGUCAGUUUUUAAGUAAUUCAACUAGAAGCUCUCAGCUUUGUAAAUCUUUAGGAAAUUCAUCGGUUUCUUUGUCAAGUAAUUCAUCUAAGAAUUCAGAAGCAGAUGAUACAAAUAGUGUUAGCAGUUCUAUUUCUUGUAACUCAAAAAAUUCUCUACUAAACAUUCCUUCUGGUUCUAAUUCCAGAAGUAGUUCGCCUAAAAGUUCCUCUUCUAACAUUCCUCGAAGUAGUUCUCCAAAAAGUUCUCAAUCAAACAUUUUGUCUGCAAAUGUGUCAGCUCUUCACUCUGGGUUAGCUGCAAAAAGAAAUUCACAAGUUAAUAAAAUGGCCUAUUCAGCAGGUAACAAAAAGACUGAAAGUAAACCUAAAGGAAAUGUUACUCAAUCUAGUUCUUUGCUGUCAGAAAAAGAUCGUUUGUUGCUGAACAGCGUUUCAUAUAUUAACAAAACAUGCAGAAUCUCUUCAACAAACAAACAGAAUGAAUCUUCUAUUUUAGGUGGUGCAACUAAUAAAAGUUCAGCUGCUAACCAUGCAGAAAAAAUACAAGAUUUAGUGAGGAAUUCUCAAUCUUCAUCAAAAACAGUAUGGGUUAAAGACAGUGCUGGUAACUGGAUUAAAAGAGCAGACACAGAAUCAAAAACAACUGUUCAGUCAAAGGUGGCUUGUUUGCGAAGUAAAUUUCUUGAAAAUGAUAAAGAAACCGCCUUGCCUUUAACUAAAUCUGUAACUUCCAGUAAUGUUCCUGCCAAACUAUCUCAAAGCCGUCCAUUGGCAAAAUCGAGUACUACAAGCAGUAUUUGUGAAAAGACAUUCAUGGAUGACCUUACUCAGAAAGGAAAAGGCGGGUCUAAUAAGCAGUCUGAAAAUGGAAAAAGUGAUGUUGAAAACUCAAAUGUUACUUCGCAGAACUCUCAUCAUAAGAGAAAUUCUGUUGAUAGCGAUGCUAAAUUGAAUAUUGUUCAAAGAGCGAUACUCAGUUACGAAGGAAAUUUAACAUUGCUUUCACCAGAAACACAAAGAAGACUGAAAUUAGUGAAUGAUAAAGUCAAGGCUCAGACUGAUGAUGAUAAAAUACUUAAAUCAAAGACUCAGGAUAGUGAAACAAAGCGAACUAAAAGUACUGCACCAGGAGAAAGCAAGAACUCUAAAAAAGUAAGCAGUCAGAAGACAGUUGGUGAACCAUUAUUACCAACCAGAGACUUUUUAAGUCGCUAUCAACUUAUGAACAAAGAUCUAAAAAGGAAUUCUAGUCCUCCCGAAGAAGCUUCAUCCCCAAAACCUGUAGAACAAAAAGUUAAUUUAGCAUCAAAAAGCAUUUCUCGAUCGAAUGAACUUGAUGGAAGCAAGAUUACUAAAACGCUGACUGAUAAAAUUACACCUCUUAAUUCGAAUGGUAACUUUAAUAAAGUUGAAAUUUCCUCUUUAGGACAGAAGAGCCAACAGAAUUUAAUUCUUAAUUUAUCAGAAAAUCACUUAUCUGUGAAAACGUCUGAAUCUCAAGGUGGUAGUAAUGUAUUGCUCCCCAAUUCUUCCUUUCUGUGGCGACGUUCUACAACUGCUUCUAGCGAACUUUCAAAGAGCAGUACGACUUCAAGUGUUUCUUUGACUAGCUCCGACUAUAGAAAUUACUAUGAUGCCCAAAAUUAUUAUUCAACCUUAGACCUUGAAAUCGAAAAACGAAGUGAAAUCCCUGACGAACCGAUUUACAUUGAAUCUCAAGACUCGAAUAGUAGUGAAAACUACUAUAGUACAGACAGCGGUCCUUAUCAGAAUAUAGCAGAGAAUAAAAAAGAUACCAUUGGUGAAUGGACUGACUUCAGUGAUGAUGAUAAUGUGAGAAAUAGUUUGCCAAGUAAUCAAAGCAGCACUUUGAAGAAAAAAAGGAAUAAACGCCACACCAAUCAAAAGAAUAGUCAAAAUUUGCAAAAGAAUCAGUACUCUUCUGAAGCAAAAAAGAAGCAACAAUUGAAUGACACCAUCUCAUUUACAGAUUCUAGUGAUACUCUCAUUAAUGAUGAAAUCGAAAAUGAAAGCACUUUCGAAAUGUCCGAUUCGAAUCACUUCUAUGAGCCUGUGUAUGAAAGUCUUGGGAAUUAUCUUCUGAAUCAAGAUGAUCAGGAGGAUGAAAAUUGUAGCUUGUCCUUGUCUCCUGAUGACAGAGAGGAUAGAGACUUUUUACAGUGUUCUCUUUCCAGUUUGGAAUCUGCUGAGAGUGCUAAACAAGAAAAGGAAGAAAACUAUGCUUCGUCAAAGAAUUCGGAUAAGAGCAAUGAGGAUAAAAAAUCUAGUAACAAAAUUAGUCAGUUGAGGAGACAUUUAUCUUGGACUAAAAAUGACAUUCGUUUAGAACUUUCUUCUAAAUUCAAUAAAAUUAAAAUAAAAAAGAAUGGACAAAAUUCAACGCAUAUUGGCGUCAAAGUUCAGGAACAUGAUUCUGUUAAUACAUCACCUAAGAAAAAGACAUUUAUUAAAUGCAUUCUUCGUCAAAAGAGCGCCAGUAGUAUUCCUGUUAAAAGGUCACCAUCUCCAAAGAAAGAGAGUGCCUUAUUCUACGUCCACUUAUCGAUGGGUCAAGAAAAACAACGUCCAGUUAGUGAUUCAGUAGUUGCUUCUAAUACCACUAAAACUAUUGAAGAGUCAGUAUUAAACAAAUCAAAAAAGCCAUCGGAAACAUCGAUUCAGGUCAAUUCAAAAUGUGGUCAGCAAAGACCUCGAUUCAGGAAAGUUACUGGCCCUACUGUUCAACGUCCAAAAACGCCACCACCAUUACCUCCAACUGUUAAUCACAAUACCACUAAUAAAGGAACUUCCGAAGAUACUUCUAAUGGAUUAUCUGGUGACAAUGAAUCUCAUUUUUAUACCUGUUUAGAUCCUGAUUAUUUUCAAUUAGGCAAUGGCAAUGAAUCUGUAAAUUACGAAGAUAUCUUCCCUUCAGUUUUAAACAGCAGAUUUCAUGAUUCAGCAUCAAAAGAAGAUUUGAUCAAAGAGAACAAAUCAAAAACAGAAAAAGGCAAAGCAUGCUAUUCCAUUAAAUCAGAUGACUUAAAUUUGCCACCUUUUCCUACUUUCCAGAGUGAGCUCUUGAAAUCCCCUUUUGAAGAAGAGCCAAUGUAUCAAUUCUACCAAAAGGAUGUCCAACAAAGAGCCACUCUUUGGUAUUCCGCUGAAGGAUCUGAGUCGGAUUUUGAAGACGAUGCUUCCAGUAAGUUCUCUGAUACGGAUUCCCAGCCGAUGGCAAAACCACCUGUUUUGCAAUCUCAGAUGUCUGCUAUGGAUUUAGUACAUGGGGAAGGUGGUCAGAGAACUCUGUGGUGUGAAGUUCCUGAGGUAGUUGAAAGUGGGAUUUUAAAAACUAUAUCCUCAAAGGAUCGCAAAAUACAAGAAGCCAUGUUUGAAGUCAUUACCUCAGAAGCUUCAUAUCUUAAAAGCUUGAAUUUUCUUUUUGAGCACUUUGUUCAAUGCCCGGAAUUUAGUGGUUCAGAAACCAAUAUUCUUGACAAACGAGAGAAACAUGUCUUAUUUUCUGAUAUUCAGCCUGUUAGAGAUGUUAGCGCUCGUCUUCUUGCUGACUUAGAAAAGAGAUGGCUGGAAAAUAUACUGCUGAGCAAUAUAUGUGAUAUCAUAUAUGAACAUGCUAGCAAAUAUUUUUCAGUUUACAUUAAAUAUUGUUCAAAUCAACUUUAUCAAGAAAGGUUGCUAAGAGAACUUAAAGAAAAACGACCUGAAUUUGUUGCAGUAUUAAAAAAAUUAGAAUCUAAUGCAGUUUGUCAAGGAUUGGAUAUGCACUCAUUUUUAAUGUUACCUAUGCAAAGGAUAACACGCUUACCAUUACUGAUUGAUGCAAUUUUUCAUCGCCUUUCACCUGAUUCUCCAAUUUAUGAAAGUUGUAAAAUGGCUUUGGCAACACUAAACAAGCUUGUAGCAGAAUGUAAUGAAGGAGCUCGUAAAAUGGAGCGAAUGGAAGAGAUGUUAGUGAUCAGCCAACAGUUGGACUUCAAAGACUGCAAGGGUUUAGGUUUGCUGUCGGCUUCUCGUUGGUUGGUCAAAAAAGGAGAGCUUGUACAGCUUCUUUUGGAUAACUCUAGUCGUCGAACAUUUGGACGUAGUAGCCGCUGGUGCAAAAUCCAAUUAUAUCUUUUUCUCUUUACGGAUUUGUUAGUUGUUACCAGGAAAAAAAGUGAUGACAGUUAUUCUGUGGUGGAUUUUUGUCCUCGUAAUAUGCUUCAGGUAUUGUCAGUGGAUGAAACUAUGCCACCCUUGCCAAUGCGCUUACCUUCCAACUAUAGAAAUCUUUUCCAAAUGAUUAUGUUGAAUAACAAGGAUGGAAAGACUGUUGAAAUGCUUCUAAGCUGUCUUCUUGAGAGCGAUAGAACACGAUGGAUGGAUGCAAUGACACCAGCCAAGUCUGAAAAUCCAGACGAAAAAAUAUAUGAAGAAUGGGAUUGGCCACAGUUUCAGUGUACUCAUGCUUAUAAUGCCCAGCAACCUGAUGAAUUAUCAUUGGAGGAAGCAGAUGUUGUGAAUGUUUUUAGGAAAAUGUCAGAUGGCUGGUUUGAAGGCGAAAGAAUUCGUGAUGGUGUCAGAGGCUGGUUUCCGUCCUCCCAUGCAGUGGAAAUCAUUACACAACAUGUCAGAGCUCGUAAUUUACGCCAAAGAUAUCGCUUGUUGAUGCUUUCUCAGACUUAUCUGGAGGAGCAAUAUAAAGCUCAAGCAAUGCAAGCAAAAAAAUGAGUCUUUAUUUCAUGUAGCAACGGGUAAUUUUGCUGCCAUGUUGCAUUGCCAUAAAUCAUCUGCCAUAUUUAUUGGGCAAUAGCAAUUUUGUACAUUUUUCGAACUCUGGAAUAUUUUCAUUCCUUUGAACUUUUAUACUCAUUGCUUAUUUUCUAUUAACUGAAUUUUGUUGGAUGUGUAUUAUUUGAAUAGUGUAAAAAUAAUUUGUAAAUAUUUUGUUUUUAUGUGUAUAUGUUUGAACUUUUAUAUAUUUUGUUCUUUGUUAUGUAUAAUUCUUUGUGAACUUGUACUUUUUCAUCAGAUAGUUUUGUAAUGUUUUGAAGAUUACAAAGCAGUAGUAUUUUUAUUUAUUAACUCCAUAUAAUUGUUUAAACUCGAAUAAUUUGAAUAUAAAAUAUUUAUUUAAAUAACUUCAUUUAUUAAUUGUGAAUAUAUUAUUUGAAAAAGAAACAUUAUUUUGAACUAUAGUUUUCAAUAAAUCUGAAACAUUUUUGAUAUUUGUAAGAUUAGAUUAAAUUGUAGUCUUGAUAAGAUUUUCCUUUUAAAAAAUGACCAAAAUGUACAAUUUAAAUGCAGUAUUUUUAACUGAAAAAAGAAGCGUUUAACAAUGUAUUGUGGCACUAAAUACAAUAUUUUAUGAAGACAAUAGAUAGUUCAAAGAACCUAUUUAGAAAAUGAUAGCUUAUUGUCAAAAAAAAUGGAUCUUUUAUAAAUGUACUGACAUAGCUCUUUACUAAAUCAUUGCUUUAGUAAUAACUAAUAACUGUUUUCUAAUUUCUUCUUUUGGUCAUUUUCUGUCGAAUGAUCUCACUAUAAAUUAUUCAUUCUUAUUUUCCAUUAAUAUAUUUAUACAUCUCUUUUACAAUAUUUUCAUAAAAUGUAUUUGUUAAAUCUGACUAAAUUUGUUUUAUAUUUUUAUAAAGAAUGGUGAUAUUUUGCAUUUAUCUUUAAGAUACUUUAUAUGAAACAUAUUUCUAUUUUCUAAACAACCAUUUGUUUCCACCAAUAUAUUUUCUGUGAGCAAUAAUAUUAAAGGUUCCUGUCUAGUGUGCCUAAACAUUUUUAUCUCAAGGAAUUUUUGUAAAUAAGCUGCUUUAAAGUGAAUGAAACAAUCAUUGAAUAAAAUGGUGCACACCUUUGUAAACCGUCCCUAGAAUUUUGAAGCAAGUCCAGACUUAACAUGCUUUCAAAUUGGUAUGGUUAUAUUGUAAUUCCUCGUAAAAUAAAUUAUUUUAAUUGUAGCUCAUUUAGAAGGUACAAUUUUAAUUUAUUUAAGAUGUGAAAGUGUAAUUUAAAUUUUGACAUGAACUAAACAAGAAUAAAUAAGUUUCUUUUUAUAUUGAAAAUGGAAUGAGUAUAUUCAGGAUUCAUUCUGGGUUAUUCAUUGGGAAGCAAAUUAUUAGCAAAUAAUAAUAAGUAUGGUAAAAUGCUAGUUUUGAAAUAUUUAUAGCUGAAAAAGUGUCAGGAAUAUUCAUAUCUAAUUUAAGACAUUAUUGCUAAUUAUAAAAAUUAGUGCAUUGAAGCAAAUUCUACAAUCUCACUAACAAAUCAAUCAGUUAAAUGAUCUAAUAAGAUAUUUUGUCAAUUUUUUAAAAAUUACAUUAAUAUUAUCUGUAAUAAAUUUCUUUUUAUUAUGAAUACUGUAAAUUAAACCAAUAAUUUAUGUUAGUAUUGUAAUCAGUCUUCUUAAUGAUUUCCCAAUUUUUACUAUUUUACAUAAAAUUAGAAAAAAAAAACUAAAGUGUUUGUAUUUCAAAAUGGAUAAAUGAAUACAGUUAGUAGAGAUGGAAUUAAAUAUUAUUAACAAAAGGAAAAUAUUGGAAACCAUUGUAUAAAUGUAACUUCCUAGGAUGAUUUGCUUAUAAAGACUGCUCGUCAAAUAUUCGAAAGUUGAUGGCUAUUGUAAACCCCAUUUUGUCUAAAAAUAAAUUAAUAAUAUUCUGCCGAGUUCAGAAAUUAAUUUGUUUGUACAUUAUUUCAUUUGAAAACUAUAUAUAUAUAUUUUAGAUCUGAGAUUAUUUCUCUGGGUGUUGAAAUUAUUGGCUUAUAAUUAAAAUUUGAAAAGCGAAAGCAAGCCUAACAUUUUUACAUGCAAAACAAAUAAACAAAUCAUUUUUUAUAGUAAAAUAGAAAUAUGUUAAUUUUUUUAUACAGAACUUUAAAAUAGAUUGUUAAAAAUUAAAAGCACAUUUCAAAUUUCUACAGCAUUCAUGUAUGUGCAACAAUUUUUUAUUUUAU